AUGGAUAUCGGACAACUCAAAAACCCUUUCGGCUCAAACGAUCCCAAGAAAGCUACUGGCAGCAGUGGCCCAUUCAAGAUUGGCGACUAUGAUAAUGCAGCUGAACAGAACAACAGCACUCAGUCUUCAGCCCCAACAAACCAAUCCAAUACUCAAGCACAGCAAAACAGUCAAGCCAAGCGAGAAAGUACUGCGACAUCUCUUAAGGAAGGAGUCCAAUCCACUCUUGAUAAAUUGUCUGGACAAAGAGUUGUCAUUAUUGGUGCGGUGGAUUUCGACCAACUCCACAUUGAAUACAAGCGUGGAUCUCACCUUGAAUAG